AUGUUUGCAUGUGGCACAGAGGAUCCCACUGAAUUUGGCUCCCUCCGUAAGGGCUCUUGCAAUCGAGGCCUCAUCCGUGCAGCCAUCGAGAUAUCCAGCAAGUCAAUAGACGGCAUGAUCAUAGAGUAUAUAGACAUAUCAUCUUUACCAUUCUUGAAUACAGAUUUAGAAGUUGAUGGGACUUAUCCCCGAGAAGUUGAGGCUUUUCGGGAUAAGAUCCGCCAAGCAGAUGGUAUUCUUUUUGCUUCCCCAGAGUACAAUUAUUCGGUUUCCGGACCCCUGAAAAAUGCUAUCGACUGGGGAUCAAGACCCCCCAAUGUUUGGGCUGAUAAGGCUGCUGCACUUGUGAGUGCUGCUGGAGGUUCUGGUGGGAAUAGACAACAAUAUCACAUCCGUCAGAUUGGAAUUUUUCUUGAUCUUCACUUCAUCAAUAAGCCUGAGUUUUUCCUCCGGAGGCCUUUAGCCCCGCCCCAGAAGUGUGAUAGGGAUGGUAACUUGAUCGAUGAGGAAAUCAGAGAGAAAUUGAAGGAGGUUCUUUUGUCUUUGUAUGCAUUUACCUUGAGACUCCAGGGCAAGUCGAAAUGAUGCAUAUAUACUAUCAAUACCGUCUGAAAUUGUAUUUACUUUCUUCUUCUCUUCUGCUAGCUAGCAUAUCAUUUCACAUGGCCUAAAGAAUACAUUUUGACUCAUUCCUGGAGUUCACAAGAAAUGACUCACAGUAUUUUGAAA